ACUGUCCAGGCGGCUAGGGGUGUUCUAAUAAGGCCUACGCAUCUCGACACGACCCUCUACGUAUUUACUGAACACGGCAACGCGUACGGACCGCAUCUUCAACCUAUAUCAAGCUCGACACUCCGAGCGAGGUAAAAAUACCAUGCCGAACGCCCACGAAGCCUUCAAGGCGCUCGGUCCCAUCAAUUGGGACGGCAUCGCCCACGACCAGCUUCAGACCUUUCUCUCCGACAUAUUUCAUGAUGCUCACUGCGUCAUCGACUCCAUCCCCGUAUCGCUCGCGUCCUCCCCGCAGAUGCCGGGCAGGUUACGUUCAGCCACCGACCCGGAUCUUCCCACCCUCCCCAGCAGGACGUCCCAGCCGUCGGCCCGAGUCAACCAAUUGAGGAAAGAAUGGAAAGAGGUCAAGGUCAACCCGCGCGAGAACCCCCUCGGCCUCGACGUCUACAAGCUGGCCGCUAAGGAUGGGAAGGGCGCUUGGUUUGCGAGGCGUAGUGUGCACGAGGGCCUCUCCUUUGAGAAGUGGAAAUUGUGCAUGGAGAAAGAAUUAGACGAAAGCAUGAAGGUCCAGGGCAAGCCCGGCGAUGGGAGUAUCCGAGGCAUUGGUGCCGACAAACGGGUCGUCAGUCAAGCCGUCCAGGACUACGGCAAGAUGCAGUUCUACCAACUAUCAGCGCAAUUUCCAGGACCGACGACGCCCCGGGAUUUCACAACCCUCCUAUUAAGCUCCGACUCGGCACUCAAUCCCCCUCCACAGGGAGAAGCGGACAACGCCAGAUACUUUAUACUCGUGUCGAGGCCGUGUAUCCAUCCAGAAUGUCCACCUCGUCAAGGUUUCAUCCGUGGUCAGUACGAGUCCGUCGAGUUCAUCCGUGAGAUACGAAUAGAGAAGUCCCUCCGUAAAACUCGGUCGUCGAUAGAUGUAACCGACGAUUCGGCGGCGUCGGUGCGGAGCGCCGCGGAGAACAUCAGCAGACAGGCCACUAUCCGCUCGGCUCAUAGAACGGCUAUAGCCGCGCCCUCUACCAACGACGAACGGGGGCGGAAACGGGGUAAAACCAUCGGGUCCGUAGAUAUUGGGGACGUUCGGGAGGAAGACGAAAGCUAUGAUACCGUGAUAGAGUGGUUGAUGGUUACCCGGAGCGAUCCCGGUGGUAGUGUCCCUCGAUUCAUGAUCGAGAGGGGGACGCCCCCAGGUAUAGCCGGGGACGCCCACAAAUUUGUCAAGUGGAUCUCAUCGAAAUCCUUGGACGAUUUCAACGAAUCUAGCGGCGAAGAUGCGAAACUCAAGCAAGAAGCAGCAAAGGCUGAGGAAGUCGUUUCGAAGAAAAUGGCGUCAAUAAGCCUGACGUCGAAUCUUACUGGAGACUCUACCGCCCCGCGGCAGAGAGUCGAUAAGAUAGUGGAGGAAGAGGAAGAGGAGGGACCGCCGGGGCCUAUGGGCUUCUACGGCAUGAUGGCAAAUGCUCUAGGCACCGCAGCUUCGGUAGCGGCCUCCCACAUCCCUUACCCCUUUGGAUCAACUAAAAGCGAUGGCGCGGAACCGUCAGAUCUAUCCUCCGAAGCUUCCGACGACUCUUCCUCGGUCCAUAGUUUCCACAGCUUGGAGGCCGAAGAAGUCGACGAGUCGUCGUCUAAAAUCAAAACCCCACAGCUCACACCCUCCGUCACCACCGGGGCGGAGUCCACACGCUCGACCGACUCUCUAGCAGUCCGCUCGACGGCGCCGUCACAGCACGAGAAGGAGCUCAGGAAGCUCGAGGAGCGCAAGCGGAAGAUAGAGGAAAAGCUGCAGCGGGAGCAGGAGAAGGCACGGUCGAAGCGCGACGAGGCGGCGCAGCGCAGCGAGGCGGCGGCGGAGAAGCUGCGGCGGAAGCACGAGCGCGAGGUGGCGAGGCAGCGGGAGAAGCACGAGCGGGAGCUGCGGAAGAUGGAGGCGAAGCGCGAGGGCGAGCGGAAGAAGGCGGAGGAGCGCCGGCGCAAGGCGGCCGAGCGCGAGGAGAAGGCGAGCCUCGCGGCGGAGCUCGAGAGGGCGCGCGCCGAGCGCGACGUCGCGCUCAAGCAGGUCGAGGUCCUGAAGGAGGCGGUCGGCGACCUGCAGGCGCAGAACACGAUGCUCGUCGCGCGGUUCGGCCGCGACGGCACCCGGCCGGAGGGCGCGCCCGCGACGCCGCCCGAGAGGCGCGCCGUGCUGAGGAGGUCCGCGACCGACCAGCCCGCGGAGCACGCCGCGAUGUGACAGCUCGCGGCUCGGACGGGCGGGGCGGCAGCAUAGCUCCGUGGCAUGCAGGUACGCGUCGACGGGACGGUCGGACGUCGGAAAAAAAGGCCAGGUCCCACCUCGUCGCGAUGCCUCCCUCGGGUCUUCGGCGCACUCCGCAGCAGCCGCCGUAUCUGGGAGCCUCGUCGAGAUCCCGGACGGCCGGGUAGAGGUGUAGAGACAAGACGCAGAGCUGAGGCGAGGCGAGGUGAGGAGGGAUAUAGGCCGGAG